AAUUUUUUUUUUUUUUUUUUUUUUCGCUAGUGACAUAAUUUCUUUAAAUAUCGUACUUAUAUAAAAGUAUCCCUUUUUUUUUUCUUUUUUCUUUUACUUUCCUUACACUUUUUUUUAUUUUUUUUAUUUAUAUAAAUUAUGGAAUCUUUCAUUGGAUAUAUCAAGACGCCACAAGACGCACUAGUGAUAUUUGAAGCAUGUCGAAGAGGUGCAUUAAAUCGAGUACAACGAAGAUUAACCUCUAAAGAAAGAAUGGAAAUUCACUCUGGAUCAGUAUUUGCGUGGGAUGAAAAGGAAGCUGGUAUGAGACGUUGGACAGAUGGACGUACCUGGUCCCCUAGUCGAGUCCUUGGCAGUUUCCUCACCUAUCGAGAGUUAGACACUAAAAGGCGACCGAGAAGACCUUCUGUUCAUACAGGAGUGAAACAAGUAGCCUUUUCAUAUAAACACAAUGGAUUGAUCAAACAGAGUUUCUCUAUCUGUACCGCUUCCAACCAAAAGAUUCACCUUAUCUCUUAUUAUGCCAAAUCAGAUGUGAUGUCUGGCAAAUUAAAACGUCCCACGGGUGAUCCAACCUUAAACUCAAUCGAGAUUCCUAAAGGUUUAUAUCCAGAAUUAAACCCACUUGAUAUUGGUGGCGGACAUUCUGCUUCCAUGCAUUCCAUUGCAUUCAGUCGACAAAAUUCAAUUGAUUCUAUGACAACACCACCUACAGCACAACCUUCGCUAAAAGCAGUCAUGAGCAUACAAGACAUUCCUUGGGAAAAAUUACCGUCUUCAGAAGACAAUCGACAGUUAAAUGCACUUCGAACCCAAGUGAGAAUCUAA